AUGACCGUCUCAACGAACUCCACCGGCAAGACCCUGCCUCCCGGUAUCUACUGCCCUACCGUCACUUUCUUCAAGCCUACAAGAGAACAAGAAUUGGACAUUGAGACUCAUGUCAAGCAUAUGGAGUUCUUGGCCAAAGCGGGUCUGGACGGUGUAGUUCUCCAAGGUUCCACUGGAGAAGCAGUGGCUCUUAACAGAGAAGAGAAGAAAGAACUCAUCCGCACGGCAAGAGAUGCAUUCAUCCGCUGCGGCAAUCACGGAGCUAUCAUUGCUGGAACUGUCGGUGCUCAGUCCACUCGAGAAGCCAUUCAGCUCGCCAGAGAUGGAGCAGAGGCAGGUGCAGACUUUGCCCUUGCUCUCCCUCCGUCCUACUUUCCAGGACACAUGAGCAACGAUGCCUGCCAAGCGUUCUUCGAAGAGCUAGCGGAUGCCUCCCCCAUCCCCAUCAUCAUUUACUCUUACCCUGGCGUCUCAUCGGGUAUCCAGCUAUCCUCCGAGCUCACCAUGAAACUCGCUAAACACCCCAACAUUGCUGGAAUCAAACAUACAGAUCACGACAUUGGAAGGAUCGCUCGGGAGGCAUCCGUCAAAUCGUACGGUAGCCCCUACACCAUCCUCGGCGGUGCGACAGAUUACCUCCUAGGUACUGUCGCCGUAGGAGGUCACGGAGCCAUCACUGGAAUGACCAACGUCGCGCCGAGAGCUGUUGCCAAAGUCUACGAGCUGGCCUCAAGUGGACGAUCAGCAGAGGCUUUGGAAUUGGCAGGUCUCAUCUCUAGAGCCGAGUGGUCGCUUGGAAAGGGCGGUCUAUUGGGAACAAAGUGGGCAACAGUCUGGUCCUGCCAUUAUCCUGAGGCCGCUGCUCUUGCUCGUCGACCUUUGCCCACCGUCUCUGCCGAGACGAAGAAGCACGUCGAAGCGGAGUGUGCUGAACUUGUCGAGAUUGAACGAUCGUUGGAGAAACAGGGAUACGUUGGUUCUGGACUUCAGACCAAGGCCAAGCAGGAUGUCUCAGCCACCAAGACGAACGGACUGUUGCACACUGUCAAGCAGAAGAUUGCAGAGUUGUAG